UACAUUUUCAACUGUCUUUGUCUGUGAUAACAUUACAAAUCAAUUUUGAACCCUAAAACCGAAUAACAUCAAAAAAUAUGAGUGACACAAAAUGGGCGUGUCUUAUAGCAAAACCGAAAAACGGUAUUGGCUGCACGGCGCGCGUAGUAAUACAUUGCAUGUGCUAAAUAAAAAAAGUAGUGGUUUUGAAAUGUUUUCUUUUCGCACACAAAAUGAAUGAAAAUUAAAAUGAGCAUGUAAAGGUUACCAUUUAAAAUAAAAUUUAUAGAAAAAUAUCUUAAUAUGCAAUUUAAAUAUUUUAUAUAAACGGCUCGUCUGCUGAUGAAUAGAUUUCUUAUAAUGAUCGUCUGCUGAUCACUUCAUUUUUUAUUUCGAUCGAAUGCAGCCACCAUGAACGACGAUAUAUCAGAUGCGGUAAAAUAUGGCGAUUUUGAAGUAUUUAGUGGGGAUAAUUAUGAAGCCCUCCUGCCAGAAUUAAAAUUAGAAGGUUUUGAUUCUGAUUUUGACAAUUUUCUAUCCGAAAUGGUCGUUUCGGACUUCGAUAUAACAUUAACCCAACAGGCAUUUGCCGAUUUGAAAAAAUCCGAUGAUCCCGGGUUGCCAGCCCCAGAAACGCCAACAAGUACUCGUUUUGCCAAGCUUUCCGACGACGAAAUUAAAGGAUUUCAGGAACUCACACAAUCAAAGGCUACAAAACAAAGCACCAAAUGGGGUUUAAAGAUUCUUACAGAUUGGCAUAUUGAAACGUUUGGAGUCCCUCUAGAUCUGGCUGAGAUUUGCGAGGAGGAUCUGGCGAAAAAACUCAGUCGCUUUUACUGUGAAGCAAAACCCCAAAACCCGAAAAAGGAGCAUACCUCCGAAUAUCAUAAAAAUACCAUGAAAGCAAUCAGAGCCGCCAUACACAGGCAUUUAUCCGACAUCGGUCGAAAUAUAGACAUUGUAAACGAUAAAGCAUUCAAAACAGCAAAUAAAAGUUUGACCGGUCUCAUGAAGCAUAGAAUGGUCACUGGAACUUCUCGCCCUACAACUCAUAAGGAGAUCAUUCACAAAUCAGAUUUACAGAAAAUUUCUGCUUACCUUGAGAGUGCAUAUUCUUCUCCAGUCAAUCUGCGACUUGCAAUGUGCAUGAAACAAAACAAAAAAACUAUCAAGGUGGCAUUCACAAACUUGAAGCACUGA